GUUGCUCUAACAGCAGCCGCGGGAAACAUAAGCAGCAGAUAGGAGUCGGCUUUUGGACGCCGCAAAAAAAAAGCCAUGGCAUUCGCAGUCUCGACCACAGUCGCCGGAAUCCACGCCGGCGAGGCUCCUCACGCCUUCGCAAGCUCUUCCCUCAACUUCCCCGCCGGAGGGAGAAGAAGAGGCCCAUUUCAUUCCACCUUCUCCUCCCGUCCACCACCGCGACCAGUGGCGACUCGGCUCCUCGCCCGAGCCCAGCUGCAGCGCGCGACAUGGCUCCCCGGCCUCGACCCGCCUCCCCAUCUCGAUGGCACGCUCGUCGGAGACUUCGGUUUCGAUCCGUUGGGGCUCGGCGAGGAUCCACAGAGCUUGAAAUGGUACGUCCAGGCCGAGCUUGUGCACUGUCGGUUCGCGAUGGCUGGCGUCGCCGGCAUUCUGGUCACAGAUCUACUACGCGUGACAGGAUUCGGCAACAUUCCAGUAUGGUUCGAAGCAGGUGCCGUAAAGUUCGAGUUCGCCAGUACGGAGGCACUCUUCGUUGUCCAACUCCUCUUGAUGGGAUUUGUCGAGACCAAACGGUAUAUGGAUUUUAUUAAACCUGGAUCACAAGCCCAAGAAGGCACCUUUCUGGGGUUGGAAGCUGCACUGGAAGGCUUACAACCUGGCUAUCCAGGUGGACCACUGUUUAACCCUCUGGGACUGGCCAAAGAUAUUGAGAAUGCCAGUGAACUGAAGCUGAAAGAGAUCAAGAACGGGAGGCUAGCGAUGGUUGCGAUGGUGGGCUUCUUUGUGCAAGCGAACGUCACUCACGUCGGACCAAUCGACAACCUCACAUCACACCUCGCGGAUCCAUUCAAGAACACCAUCAUCCACAACGUUUUUGACUCUGCUUCUUGAGAAAAGAUGUUUGAUGUGGCCCUUCAUGCAAGCUUGGGUCGUAUAAGAAUCCCACCGAUUGAUUCCAUGGCACUGUCAUUCAUCAUGUUAUUAUUUCUUGAGUUCACCAAACCUAAAUCAUCUUCUUACUG